GGCCCGUGUAGCCCCGCCUCCCUCCGCUCUGUGACGUUCGCAGGGGGCGUGUCGGUGCCAUGUGGGCGGACCAGGGAGCCCCCAUGGAGGCGGAGCACGGAGCCCAGAGCCCCCGCCCGGAGGUGGCCGAGUUAGGGGCGUGGCAGCCGACUCACCUCCGCGUGGUCGUCCUGAGUGCCCGGUCACUGCGGGCCAAAGGGGGUGCUGGCUCCAGCAGCCCCUACGUGGUCAUCCAGCUGCAAAAGCAGAAAUACGUGACGUCAGUGGUGCCCCACAGCCUGACCCCCAAGUGGAGGGAGGAGUGCACACUCCAGCUGCCCAGCAGGCUGGAUGAUGCAAAGGAGCACUGUCUCGUCCUCACUGCCAUGCACCACUCUCUCCAUCGCCCCGACCAAUUCCUGGGCCAGCUCUGCCUUCCCCUGGCACAGCUGUUCUGCGACAAGGCAAGGAGAAGGAAUGAAUGGUUCAGGCUGCAAUCCAGGCGUGGCAGACCUGACAAGGCGCGAGGGCAGCUGCAGCUCGAGCUCCAGUUCAAGCAGAUCCUGUCUCCUGGCAGCGAGCCAGCAUUCAGCAUCCAAGGAUCACAGUCCCUCUUCACUAAGCUCCGCAGCUGCAUGAAGGGCCGAAGGAACAAGGUUUAUCCCAAGGCGCAAUCACCUUCCUUGUGUACGAGCAACGAUGAGGACUCCUCCUCCUCCUCCAGCAUGCCCAUUGAACCGGAUCCAUCAGCACUGAUGGCCAGGGGCAGCGCUGGGGGCUCCGCACACGCAACUGGAGCAGCUCCUGCUGCAAUGGCUCCGUCCCUGUGCACUGAGCUGCGGCUAAGGACCUAUCUCUCCAAAGAGGUAGCCUACGAGGCCCCCUCGGUCACAGCCAAGUACCCAGCUUCCUCCUCCAGCCAGCCUGACCAGUGGGUUGCCCUGCAGCAGCACCCCAAGAAGAAAUCUCAGCUGCUGAAGGAGGAUAACUCAGAGUCAUUGGAGGACUCCCCUGAGACACCUCAGGCCAGUAGCCCACCCCUACGCAGGACACAGGAGGGUGGCAUCCCCCCACAGAGCUCACAAACCCUGUACACCUUCAGGAUGAGCCUUUCCCACCCUACCAGCACUAAGCCGCUGGGCACCACCUCUGGGCACAGCUGCACCUGGAGGCGCCAGCUAAAGUUGCUCAGAGGCUGCCAUAUCUGCUUGAGAUGCUUUGGAUUGAGACUCAAGCCCUGACCCAGGUGCUGUGGCUUCCCUCCGUUCCCCCUCCUGGGCGCUUUACAAAUUCAUACCAUUUGGAGCAGGA